UCCGGCCGGCCCCGCGUGUAGGAUGGUAGCACACAACCAGGUGGCAGCCGACAAUGCAAUCUCCACGGCAGCAGAGUCCCGACGGCGGCCAGAGCCUUCCUCGUCCUCGUCCCCGCCCUCGCCCUCGGCGGCGCCCGCGGUCCCCGCGCGCCCGCGGCCCUGCCCGGCGGCCCCGGCCCCGGCCCCCGGCGACACUCACUUCCGCACGUUCCGCUCUCACGCCGAGUACCGGCGCAUCACCCGAGCCAGCGCGCUGCUCGACGCCUGCGGCUUCUACUGGGGGCCCCUGAGCGUGCACGGGGCGCACGAGCGGCUGCGCGCCGAGCCCGUGGGCACCUUCCUGGUGCGCGACAGCCGCCAGCGGAACUGCUUCUUCGCCCUCAGCGUGAAGAUGGCCUCGGGCCCCACGAGCAUCCGCGUGCACUUCCAGGCCGGCCGCUUCCACCUGGACGGCAGCCGCGAGAGCUUCGACUGCCUCUUCGAGCUGCUGGAGCACUACGUGGCGGCGCCGCGCCGCAUGCUCGGGGCCCCGCUGCGCCAGCGCCGCGUGCGGCCGCUGCAGGAGCUGUGUCGCCAGCGCAUCGUGGCCACCGUGGGCCGCGAGAACCUGGCGCGCAUCCCCCUCAACCCCGUCCUCCGCGACUACUUGAGCUCCUUCCCCUUCCAGAUCUGACCGGCCUCGCACGCAGCAUUAACUCGAACGCCUUGUUAUUAUUUUGUAUUAUUAAUUAUUAUUUCCCUGGAACCACGUGGGUGCCCUCCCCACCUGGGUUGGAGGGAGCGGGUGUGGGGGCGAGGCGCCUCCCCCUCUCCGCUGGAGACGAGGCCGCAGACCCCUCCCCAUGUCUUGGGGCGGGGGCGCACCCCCCACCCCCCGGUGCUCCCUCUGGAUCUCCCUGGUUGUUGUACCAGCUUAACUGUGUAUGGGGCCAGGACCUGAAUUUGUACCUCCUACCUCUUCAUGUUUACAUAUACCUAGUAUCUUUGCACAAACCAGGGGUUGGGGGAGGGUCUCUGGCUUUAUUUUUCUGCUGUGCAGAAUCCUAUUUUAUAUUUUUUACAGCCAGUUUAGGUAAUAAACUUUAUUAUGAAAGUUUUUUUUUUUUAAAAGAAAAAAGGUUUCUAGAGCGUGUGCUUUGCUCCCAGGAUUUCCCCGGGGUUCUGAACGGGUCCACGGCAGAGUGGUCCUAAGACUGAUGGGUUUGGCUGGAGGUGGAGUGUGACCUGUGCUCUGUGGCCGGGGGACCUGCAUGGUUCCAGCCCUCAGGGGGAGAGGAGCAGCCGGUCCAGCGUUGGUGUUUCGUGUGGGGUAAAAUGGCAGCUCCGUGUUUGAGCCCUUAACGUGUGCCUUGCCCUGUUCUGGGUUUUCCAUG